GAGCGAGGUGUGCGUGGAUGACAUAAACGUUGGAGGGUCCUGAGGGGAUGGUUCAAACCCUAAAAAGGAGUUGAGCAAGGGAGACCAACAUCCAACAGUGAACCAUCACCUCCUGGUUGUCAGCCGUGUGUAACAAAGACCAGAGCAGUGCAGCCGUAGAGGGGUUCUGGCAACGCAAGCUGUGCAGGAAUACUGCUCCAGACAUUAUAGCCUACUUUUCUCAAAUUGCAUGGGCUAUUAUGUCUUCUUCGGUUGUAAGAGAAUCUUAAAUUGACUGUCUUGGUGCUAAAGCUCUGAUAGGGAAAUCAUGAACAGGGAAAAGGUUCAGGUGGGAGACGUCUCAGUCGCUGCUCCGCCGGCGUCCGGUGUGACUGCCCAAACAGCUGUGAUCGUCGUGGCCGCUCCGGAAAGCAUGGACAAUCACGGCGAGAAGCGGCUCGCUGCCAACGCACUGUCGGUGUUUUCCUGCCCCGGGGGUAGAGACAUACUGCAAGCGGACAGUCGAAACAACUCUCCACUUCAAGAACCGGCUCCAGUAGCAAUGCCAAUGCUUCACCGGACCACUUCAUUUUCGGUUUUGGACAUUUUGGACCCAAAUAAGUUUACGAGCAAAAAGCCUAAUCCUAACCGAACAGGCAGCGAAUUCGCCUUCGGGACAGAGAACCGUGGAGGUGAUGACUCGAAUCAUGAUGUAGAGCAGAAGUCUUAUGCAGACGACUAUGACACAUGUAAAAAAUCUACAGGACUAAAGGAGGGGUUCAUGUGUGCCUACAGAUCCGACGAAUGCGAGAAUGAUUUCAAAAGAGGCUCCCACUCUGACAGCGAGAUGCAGGAUGACGUGUGUAGUGAGGAGAGCAGCAGCGCCCUAACUGGAAACGCAGAGGGGGAACUUGGACACCAUGAUGACGACGACCAGGCGAGCAAGAGCCCAAGAAGUCCUGGCGAACAGCAAACUCAACAGUCAGGGUCGAAUGGACAAAGUAAUCAAGGAAAGCCGAAGAGAAAGCGCUCUGGCUCCGAUUCAAAGUCGGGUAAGCCCCGAAGGGCAAGGACAGCAUUCACUUACGAACAACUUGUUGCACUGGAGAACAAAUUCAAGUCCACCCGAUACCUCUCCGUGUGUGAGAGGCUCAAUUUGGCACUGUCACUCAGUUUGACUGAAACCCAAGUCAAAAUCUGGUUCCAGAACCGACGGACCAAGUGGAAGAAACAAAACCCUGGCGCAGACACCAGCGCCCCGACAGGCGGGGGCCAGAACGGCAAUGGACUAGGGAGCCUGAGUCCACUCAGCCAGUCUCCUCCCAUGAGCCAUCUGUCAAUGCACACGGGCUACCCAGGUCACGGACCAGGCGGGCUAGUCUGCACCACCCAAUUACCCUUUCUGCCAAGUCAUGCGGUACUGUCACCUUUCAUGUUAGGAUCUCAGACUUACGGAGCACCUGCGUUUUACACUUCCCACCUGUAAAGAUAUGGAGAUACGUAUAGGUUUUUGCGCCCAAACAUCAUGUUUUCGGAGGCGUCUAAAAUGCACCGAUAUUAUCAAAAUAAUUGACUCCAAUGAGGUAUGAAUUUAAUAACCAUAUUACACGUAUGGUAUUAGAGAACUAAAGACAUGCCCUUAACUAAAGACUUCUAAAAUGCACUUGCUGUAUAUGUGAAGAACUCAGAACAUUUCAUGUUGUUUCGUCAAGGACAAGUGCUCGAAGAAAAUCUACCUUUACCAAGGAAAUAAGAUUUUGUUGUAUUUGACUUUUGUUUUCAUUUUGAUAGAAUGUGAAUACUCGGGGUCAAAAUGUACAUACAGAUGUUGACAAAUAUAUGUCUAGCUUCUAAUUUCGAAUGCAGUUAAUAAAUAUUAGAGUUGAAAAAAAUAGGCCUACAUGACGCAUAUCAAUAUCGUUCAUUUACAUCUGGACAUAUUGUAAUUACUGUGUAACUAAACUGUGAAAGUUAAAUAUGAUUGUUUUCAUAUAAGUUUUCCCUAUUAAUUUAUUAUAUAGGCCUAUAGUUAAUCUACCUGAGAAUAUUUGUCUCUAAUGAAUGCUCAUUUCAUCUGGAUUCGUCUUUUAUAGUCUAAGACAAAGUAAAACAAUAAAACAAUAGGUUAUCAUUUACUAACGAAUAAGCUACUUUAAUAUGAAUAUUAAAUAAAUAAUAUCUUCUUUCUUAUCAGUCAAAUUAUUAUUUUUUCCUUUACACCAAAUUAAAGGACAUUUUGGAACUGAAUAUAGCGUCUUUUCACCCUUCUUUAAUGAAAUGGUUAACUCCAGUUAUUAUUUUUUUGCCACCCGAUGUUAUUAGGCCAUAUGUUGUAUUUUCUUCCAACAAAAAAAACAUAACUUUAAAACUAUAACUUUAUAACACUCUUGCGCGGAAAAAAUAUAGGAGAUUUUGAAAAAUACAUAGCCCAUAUGCCUAUUGCUGGAUCCGUCAUGGCUCAUUUCUAUAGCCUAACUUUUAUUAAUUGAAUUAACUUACCCCAAAAUAGUAUGUUAUUGGCUAUUGCACCCGUUGCAUAUGCCUAUGGUGUUUAGGUCUACAAUUGUAUUCAGCAUGUAUCUUCUUGGAUUUACUGAUUUGGGGAAUUAUUAAUAAGACAUUUGACAACGGCUCCCUGAAUCGAUUAUUGAUGAGGAAAAACAAUCAUUGGUAAUUUAAACACCAACUUGUUUCACAACAUUAUAGGCUGCAGACUGUCUUCUCAGACAUGCCCUUUCUAAGAGGGGUUUUGACUUUAAAACUAAUAAGAGAAACCAUGUUUCAUUGUGGAAGAACUGUAUGCCAAAUUCCCGAUAGCCUAAUGUGCUUGUGCGUAAAACAUAAUGUAGGCUAUGGAAUAUUUGAAGGAGUUAAUUAUUAGAUGCCUAACAAAAUACAUUGUGUUUCAGCAACUUUUUCAAAUGUUUUUGCCGUCUGUGAUAAGGAGGUGCAUUUGAAUAGGCCUAGGGCUACUUUAAAAGUGCAAAAACUAUCCAGUCAAUUGUGCAAGUUUUGCGCGAUCGAUGCAAGUUAUAAGUCUAUUCUACAAUAUUUGAAAGUAUAGUUUUAUUGAAUUUGUGAGGAUACAGCAUUUAUUUAUAUUAUUUUAGACCUGAUUACUACUUCGCUUCGGAUAGGAAUAGUCUGUGGUCUGUCCCUAACCGAUUCUCCAAAAUGGUGAUGAAAUGGCACAUGCCAGCAAUGAUGGAACAUGCUCCUGGAAUCAUUCUAGAAUUUCACAUGCAGGUAUGGCCAAACGUAAAAGCAUGAUACGACGUAGCCUGGUAUAGCCUUUGUAGAUAGUCUAAAACAAAUGUAAAGAUGGCGGCAUUAUUUAGUGCAUGGGGUGCAUUGAAAUUGGGCCGCACAUACCCGACCGUUGCAGAAAGUAGCAUAGCCAAAUGGAGGGUAUUUAUUUGUUCUGCCAGCUGUUUUCAUCAAGUCCGAGUCUUGGAGCAUUAUGUUGGACAAAAAAGGUUAUGUAAAUAUUAUAUUCGACACGUUUUGCAGUCAAAUCAUUAAAUUAAUUUGGAUUUCCCAUUGCAGUGGACUCCGCACUGCGCGACAUUUGUGCCAAAAAAAUUAUUACUUUCGUUUGAAUGGUCUCAUAGGCAAUAGUGUAAUUAUUAUGUUAAAUAAUAUUAACGACAGGAUAUUGAUAUCAGUUAUUUUAUGUAAUAAUAACAUGACAAUUAGCAUAGAUAUACCUACUAGUGAACGUAGACAUAAGCUAAACAAAACAUCUAAAAGAGUAAAACAAUAUCUAUGAAUUUGUAGGUUAUUAUUAUGAUUAUUUUACCAGGAAAUUCUUGUUUUGAAAUGCAUGACUCAAGCAGACACUCGCUCGGUCAUUAAAAAUAUGACAUUCCAGCCGCAUGUUGAAUCCCUGGGUAACUUUCCAGUGAUGUAGGGAGCUAGAAGGGGAUUCUUAUUUUUAACAUUUUUAUAAAGUAGAUUUUCAGAUGUUAUGUAAACAAUAAUGCAAGCAAAUUCGCUGUGACAAGCCCAAAUAGAAAAAAAAGGCUCAAGUUGGGGCUCAUCAAAUAAUACUUCAGCAGCUGGCACAGUGGACUGAAUGAGGUAAACCUUUAUCCCGGGUUUGUAAAAUACGGUUUCAAUAUUAAAGAACCAUAGCUUAUGUGCAACCAAUCAGCUUAAUGUGCUCCCAAUGACUAGUAGACAGUACCCUGACCAAUCAAAGCUCAACAUUCACUUUUUAAUGUCUCCCACCUGCCCAAUUGCUGCCUGCCUGAACCAAAAUAGCCCAACAACAGAGCCUGAAGAUAUCCCUCCUUGCAAUCAACAUUCACUAAUCCAACACAAGAACAUUCACUAUCAUCAACAUACUACUACUACAUAUCAGAGAAAAAAUAUUAUAAGCAAAUAUAUAAGAUAUUAUGUGAGGUGAAUAGGCUGUCUUUCUCUCUCACUCCAGAGAGGGCUGAUGCAGAGCAGCUAUUGGCAACCUAUAGAAGUUUCUAUAAGCCCCUACAGUGCUUUCAAACUCAGACACAGGACUGUAUGGGAGUCAAGAGCAACAUUGGUUAAAAGCUGCCUGUCAUCCACAACGGUUUCAAUUUCGGUUACCACUUCCACAUAAUAGCAUUGAUACAUUAAGCACUCAAUGGUUGUGAUAAUUA